AUGGCAAAUCGAAGUCGUGCAAGAGAAGUGGCGUUGCAGGUCCUGUAUCAGGACGACUUUCGCUCGGAACCCGAUCCCGGUGAAGACGAGUCGUUUUUGCAUGCGCGGCUGUCGAACGACGAGUUAGUUGUAUUCGCCCGCAGCCUAGUGAAUGGGGUUCGGCGGAAUCGCGGAGAGAUCGAUGCCGAACUCUCUCAGAAAGCCGACAACUGGUCGCUGCACCGGAUGGCUGCCACCGACCGCAACGUAUUGCGGCUGGGAGCAUUCGAGAUACUGUAUUCCGAUACGCCUAAUCGGGUCGCCAUCAAUGAAGCCAUCGAACUGGCCAAACGGUUCGGAAGCGCUCAGUCGGCCCAGUUCGUCAACGGCGUGUUAGACCGGGAUUUCUCCAUAUCGAGCACGGUCACUGGCCAAGAUUCAACCGCUGGACAAAGCAAGGAAAUCACCCUUAUGGGGCUUUUCGAUAAAUUCAAGCAGGGUCUCAAGAAGACAAACCGUCUGCUGAACACCGACAUUCGCGACUUAUUCAAGUCCGAGUCUGAAGGUCGGCUGAUUGAUGACGAGUUCCUCGACGAACUGCUGGAGCGAUUGGUCAAGACCGACAUGGGCGUUCAGCCCGCCAUGGAUACCACCGAACAAAUCCGAAAAGACUUUCGGGCGCGUGUGGUGAAGAUGGAUGACAUGGUGGCCGUGAUCAAGACCAAGCUCAAGGAGUUGAUGGCCCAGGAGAGCGCCCCAAUUCAGACGGUCGAGCAAGGCCCAACCGUGAUUAUGGUUGUGGGCGUAAAUGGCUCAGGAAAGACCACCUCGAUCGCCAAGUUGACCAAGAUGUUUAUCGACGACAAGAAGUCGGUCGUUCUCGGGGCAGCAGAUACCUUUCGGGCCGCCGCCGUUCAACAACUCACGAUUUGGGCCGAACGCCUGGGAGCGACCAUUGUUACCGGCGAGACCGGAAGCGACCCUGCCAGUGUUGCCCAUCGUGCAGUGGCAAAGGCUGUCGAAAUUGGGGCCGACAUCUGUAUUGUCGACACCGCGGGCCGAUUGCAGACUCAACAGAGUCUGAUGAAUGAAUUAUCGAAGCUGCACCGGGUGAUGGCAAAGCAGAUCCCCGAGGCGCCGCACGAAGUCUUACUAGUGCUGGACUCCACGACCGGCCAAAACGGCAUUAGCCAGGCAAAACACUUCACCGAAGCCGUAAACUGUACGGGCAUCGUGCUGGCCAAGCUCGAUGGUACCGCGAAAGGUGGAGUCGUGGUCGCCAUUCGUCAAGGCGUAGGCUUGCCGGUGAAAUACAUCGGAGUGGGUGAAAAAGCCGAAGACCUGGCUCUGUUCGACGCCGAUGCCUUCGUCGAUGCCCUGUUUGACGAAAUAACCGGCAAAGAUUCUGAAGAGUAG